AUGAACCAAGAUUUGGUUGGUUCGGCCAAACGUCACGCUGAGGGAACCUACACCAGUGACGUCAGCUCCCACCUGCAGGACCAGGAGGCCCAGAACUUUGUGGCCUGGCUAAAAUCCGGACAGCCCAAGCAAGAUGUUGCAGACAACGGAGGCGCUAAUUUGCCGCGCAGGAGGCAUGUAGACGGCAGUUUCACCAGUGACGUUAACAAGGUCUUGGACAGCAUCGCUGCCAAGGAGUAUUUACAAUGGGUGAUGAACUCUAAGACAUCAGGGACAAGUGGCAAACGUGGCGGAAAUCAAUGAGGAACCAGUGGGCUUUCCUGUGAGAGCUUACAUUUGGAUCCUGAUGGGUGUUCGAUCAUCAAAAUGAAUGAAAGCCAUAUCGCUUACAGGCAAAAUGGAUCCAACUCUUGAAAUCAAAAGUCAUUUUAUUUUAUUUUUUAAAAAACCUUUGAGCACUGUGGUUGUUAUUUAUUUUCCCUUAGUGUUAAAGAACAUCGUGUAAGUUGUAACAAAAAAAAAUAUUUUUCUAAUAUUUUUUGAACUAUUUUCUAUGUGUGCGAUAAAAACAAACUCAGGUGAAUCACUAACACUCAGGUAAAAGGUGAAAAUUUACGUGUGCCACCACUGUAUCAAAGUGCCAUUGAAAAUGGUGUCUUGCUCUGCAAAAUAAACAUUUUCAUAUUCCA